GGAAAUGUAUUUUGGAGAGUGCAGACAGUGUAGGCUGUCCCAAUUUGAUAUUCGCUGAGAACUUGUGGACCUAAGGGGCAACAUUACUGACUCAGGAUAUGCAAUAAGUAAUGCAGUAAUGGAUUCAGCUCUGCGGUUUUUAACGGAUUUGGACAGAAACCUCAUCUGACAACGGGGGCGUUCUGCCUUCACCAUUUCUUAUGGAUCACGGUUAAUUAUGUUUUCGUGUGGACAAGUACACUUAAACUGCUCUCUUCCGUUUUGCCACGCGCCGAAUGUCACGUCGUUUCGAUCUCCUGUUAAUGCCGAUGGAGGCUCUGCUCUGCGGGUGUACGCUCUGCGCCUGGGCCCCGGUGAGGAGCUGUUCUCCUCCCUGCUCUCGUUCGUGGAGGAGAGGAAGCUCCGCGCCCCGUUCAUCAUCACCUGUGUGGGUAGCGUCACCAAGGCAACGCUCCGGCUGGCAAAUGCCACCGCAGAGAAUACCAAUGAGGUGAUUCGGCUGCAGGAGCGCUUUGAGAUCGUCUCUCUGGUGGGAACACUGAACAAGGAUGCUCACCUCCACAUCUGCCUCUCUGAUAAGGAUGGGAAGACUGUUGGGGGUCACGUCCUCGGAGACCUGGAGGUGUUCACCACGGCCGAGGUGGUCAUCGGAGAAGCAGCCGAGCUCCAGUUCAGCAGAGAGAUGGACGCACGCACCGGCUUCCCCGAGCUGGUCAUUCAGCGUCGCCACGAUGAAGCAGUUUAGCUGCAGUGGCUGGUGACAAUUGUCCUUCUUUUUGUUGGUGUUUUAAAAAGAAAAUUGGUGGAA